ACGAGAAGACGAUAGAAAGGAAAAAUGGCUGCCACUGUGUUAGCUACACCUGUCCCCCUUAUGGCUUCUACUUUGGGAUGUUGAAGCACAGCUAUCAUGGAAAAGGAGAGAAGGAAAAUGAGUCCCGAGCAAGAUGCCUUGGAACACAUAGUUGCUUGCAGAGACAAACCCUUCCUGGAGGAAAGGUUUAUAGAUUUCUUUAAAGGGAGAGGAGUGUUUACCCACAAGGCCAUCAAACCGUCCACAUUUGUUGUUGAAUAUCGAGGGAAUAUCUUUUCUCACGAAGACACAUCGCCUAAGAAGAAAUGUGAUACUCUUAACAAGUUUUUGUUUAGGUUUUCAUGGAAGGGAGCACAGUGGUGCGUUGAUGCCUCCAAAGAAGACGGGACCCUUGGGAGACUUGUAAAUGAUGAUCACGUUAGUCCCAACUGUGAAAUGAAGACAGUUGUCUGUGAGGGAAAGCCACACUUGUGCCUGUUUGCAGUGACAGAAAUAUCUCCAGGCGAGGAGAUAACCUACAACUACGGGGACUCCUGUUACCCAUGGCGAUCAAAUAUGGAGGACUCAUCAGCUUCCAAUUUUGAAAAUCCCUGCUCUGGUGAUGAUGGUGACAAACUACACGGCAGUGGACCUAGUCAUGGCAUGGAUAGUUUUGGCGACAUCAACUGUCAGCUGGAUUUUAGGGACAGUUCACCUUUUGCAAACUUAGACUCUUCUCAAGAGAUGACAGGGACCAUUAUGCUGCAACCAGACAAUGCUUUGUACAACCAGCAGGAGGAUGAGGCUGCUUCCAGCUCUAAAGAACAUAAAGGCCCUUAUGGACGUAAGGAAAUGUGGAGACAUGAGGCCAAAUGUCCGUCUAGCACGUCAAACCCUGCAACAGGUGGUAAAACAAGAGUCUUAGGUGAGAUUGCUCUUGCAGAGUUACCACUCUCCAAAACAAUUCCAUCUGCUGUGAGAAAGAUGCUCUUAAAUAUGAAACAAGAUGAGAUUGCAUCAGCAGUUCAAAAUGAUUUCCUUCUAAUACAGCUGGCACAGAAUCUGUCUGAGAAGCAUGGAAAUAAUCCAAGUGAGCACAUCAGACAGAAGCUACGAGAAAUGGGAAGACUUUUGUUAGCGCUGCAUGAAAAGUCAAUAUUUAGCUUCGAAGAUGCUAUCAAACCCGAAAACUUCUCCAAAGUUGUUGAAGCUGUGAAAGACCUCGCUGGUUUCGAUGAAAAGACUCAGAUCUAUAACAAACCAAGUCUUGCUUUUAAAUUAGGACAUUCACUGAAGAAAAUAGGCACCAUUGUCCUCACUGGAGCGGAUUGCAAUGAGCAGAUGAGAGACACAAAAACAUUCAUGAAACUGUGUGCAAAAGAAUGGUCUCAACUUGUCUCCCAAACAGCACUCGCUUCGUUGAGUGGACGACGAGUGAACAACCCGUCUACAGUACUAUUCACACAGGAUGUGCAGUUGUUCUUCAGUUACCUAGAAACAACCACAGCUUCUGCCAUUGAAAGCAUGGAGAAGUAUGAGAGCCAGCAGGUCUACAAUGCACUUUGCAAAGUGACACUUGCACAAGCAUCAGUCUUCAGCCAAUGUGCACCUGAGGUUUCAAAAAUGACACUGAAGACAUUCCAGGAACGAGGCGACUCUACUCAAGUGUUGUCCAAGCACUUCAUUAGAAUAAAUAUUCCAAGCAGGACUGGCCAAAAUGUUGCUCUCUUGUUGACCUCUGCACUGGUCAGUGCAAUAAUGUUGCUUGUGAACAAAAGAGAAGCAUGUGGUGUUCACAAAGACAAUCCUUUCUUGUUUGCAAAACCUGACUCUUCUCCCACAAGCGUCCACCAAGGAAUGGUGUGCAUCAGGGCUUUUUCCAUUCUGUGUGGUGCAAAGAACCCAGAGCAUCUCAGGGCAAUGCAUCUUCACAAGCACAUUGCUAGAGUCUUCCAGGUUCUUUACCUGGAGAAUGACGAGUUGGAUAAACUCGGUAAAUUGUUGGGCCUUGACAUCCGGGCUGACAGGGACUAUUAUCGCCUGCCAGAAGCAGCUGUGGAACUGGCAAAAAUUGCAAAACUUAUACUGGCAAUGGAAAAAGGUUCUCUUGAAAGAUUUGAAGGAAACUCUCUGGACCAAAUUGAGAUUGAAGAAGAAUUAGAGCCAGAUGAGGAACACGGCAACCCUAAAAACUCUGAUGCUGAGGAGGACAUUGAAGAAUCAGAUAAUCCCCUUCAUCAGAACGAUGCUGCGGAGCACCAAGACAGGCAACUGACUCCUGAGCAAGAUGCCCUGGAGCACAUAAAAGGUUGUAGAGACAAACUCUUCCUGGAGGAACGGUUUAUAGACCCCUUUAAAGGUAGAGGUGUGUUUACCCAUCAAACCAUUGAACCAUCCACCUUUGUUGUUGAGUUUCGGGGGAACAUCGUCUCUCACAGGCAAACCAGGAAGAAGUGUGGCGAUACUCUGAACAAUUAUGUCUUUGACUUCUCGUGGAAUGGAACAAACUGGCACAUUGAUGCUGCGAACGAGGACGGGACCCUUGGGAGACUUGUAAAUGAUGAUCACGUUAGUCCCAACUGUGAAAUGAAGAAAGUUGUCUAUGAGGGAAAGCCACACUUGUGUCUGUUUGCAGUGACAGAAAUAUCUCCAGGCCAGGAGAUAACUUACAACUACGGGGACUCUUGUUACCCAUGGCGAUCAACAGAAUCCUGUAAAGAACUGAAUACAUCACAAACAGAUGUAAAUGCUGCAUCUUCACCAGAGGAUGAGUGUGCUGAAGACUCUGCAGAAGCCUCCAGUUCUGCAUCAUCCUGCUGGGAUGAAGACUAUGUACCUUCUCCCAGGAACAACCGUCAGAGUUUCACAGAGUCCGAUUCUCCCGAUGAUAUUUCCUCUGAUGAAGAGCUCAAAGAGCCCUCCUUCACCAACAUAAAUGAAGAAGAUCUCAAAGACCACUCCUUCACUAAGAGAAAUUAUUGUUAUGUUUGCGGGGUAGCUCAGUCUAAAAUUUCUCGUCACCUUUUCACUCAUAGAAAUGAAGAACCUGAUAUAGCUGCAGUGUUAAGACUACGCAAAAACUCCAAAGAACGAAAAGCGCUACUGGAGAAGUUAAGAGACAAAGGAAAUACCAAACAUAAUGAGGAGGUUUUGAAGACCCGCUGUGGACAACUUAAAUUAAAGAGAAACCCAAGCACGCCCAACACCGCUAAAUCAUUUGCAAGUUGUGUAUAUUGUAAAAGCAUGUACAUUCGUAAGGACGUGUGGCGACAUAUGCUAAAGUGUUCUGCAAGGAAGUCCGCAGAACCUCAGUCACAUGUGAAGACUAAAGUCUUAACUUUGAUUGCUGAAGCAGAGUCAACAGACACCCCAAAAAUCUCAUCAGAUGUGAGGAAGAUGUUCAACACGAUGAAGAAUGAUGAGAUUUCAUCUGAAAUCUUAAACGAUUCUUUUUUACUUCAGCUCGCACGCUGUUUGUACUGCAUGAAUAGAAGAAAAAAGAAAAAUGUGGAAGACCUCAAAAAGAGUCUGAGGCAAAUAGGACGACUCCUGUUAAUAUUGAAGAAAAAGGCGAUAUGUAGCUUUGAAGAUGCUAUCAAACCCCAAAACUUCAGAAAGGUUGUUGAAGGUGUGAGAGAGCUCUCUGGCUUCAAGGAAGAAACAAAGUUCUGUGACAGACCAAAUGUGCUGAAGAAAAUGGGAAAUUUGCUUAUGAAAAUUGGUGAAAUUAACUUCGCCAGAGCUUUGAAAGACAAUGCAGAUAAAAAGACGAUACGUCAAGCGGAGAAAUUUAUAAAGUUGUGUGCGAAAGAAUGGAGAAAUGUCCCUCCAUCAAAGACACAGUUAAACACCACGCCAACCAUACCGUUCAUUCAUGAUGUGCAGCUUUUCUAUCAGUGCAUGGAGAAGACAGCAGCUUCUGCAGUGCAAAGUCUCACAAUGUACGCAAGCUCCCCGGUCUAUACUGCACUUCUCAGAGUGACACUUGCACAAGUGUCAGUCUUAAAUACAAAUAUGGCCCAAGUUUCAAAAGCAACCCUUAAGUCAUUUAAGGAACAGGACGAGACUGAACUUCAUGAAGACGCUGCUGUUAGCCAGUCACAGGUUGAGCAAAUUCUGUCCAAGCACAACGUCAAGAUCAACAUAAAGACCGAAAAUGGCCACAAAGUUGCUGUUACGUUGACUAGUAAAAUGCUCGCUGCAGUCACACUGCUUGUGAACAAGAGAGACGCAUGUGGUGUACAUGAAAACAAUCCCUUCCUUUUUGCAAGACCUAAUGCCCCGUGUUCAAGCUUCCACCGCGGAUACCAGUGCACCAGCAUUUUUGCAGCUCGUUGUGGUGCAAAGAACACAGCGAACCUCCGCUCUUUAAUUUUUCAUAAGCACCUUGUAAGAUUUUUCCAGAUUCUCAGCCUCACAAAUGAUGAGCUUGAUCAGCUAGCCAAACUGUUGGGCCGUGACAUUCAGACCGACAGAGAGUACUAUCAAACGCCAGAGGCAGCUGUCGACAUCGCAAAAAUGUCUGAGCUACUAUCAGCAAUGGAGAAUGGAUCUCUUAAAAACUUUGAAGGGAAAUCUUUUGAGGAAAUUGAAAUUCCAGAUGAAUUGGAGCCAGAUGUGCUGGACAACUCCGAAAACAGUGAUGAUGAUGAGGAGGACAAUGAAAAAUCUGACAGUUCUCUUCUGCUGAGCGGUCUCCCCAUCAUAAAAGGCUCCCUUUGGCGAACCAAAAAACCCAGCAGAGCUUCAAUGUUGAGGAGACGUAGCCGAGGCCGGAACAAGAAGCAGGAGAGUGAACCUGAAGGAUCUGAGCUGGUUGAUGAGAAAGACAAAGAGGUGAACACAGAGAGGGAUGACUGGUCAGAGGAAAUGCCUGUGAGCUGUGCUGUCAACUCACCAGAGAAAACAGUGUAUUGUAGCAAUGAGGACGCUACACAUAUUUCCUUCAGUGAUGGCGAUGAUGACAUGAACGUGGACUUUGACAUGGACACCGAUGACGACAUUGUCAGAAAUGAAGAAAAUGAUGAAGAUGGUGACAAAACCGGCUCAGCAGCAACGUCUCUGAUCCCAGAUGCGAUGAAGCAGGACAAAGACAGCAGUGAUACCAAGAACGACAGCUCACCUUACAAGGACACCAGUGUUGCAGAAGUUGAAGAGGAGACCAUGAACAUCGAUACAGACAACAAUGAGGAGAGAAGAAAGAAUCCAAAGAAAGGAGGGAAGCUAAAUGACUGGAUUGAUGUGGACAGCAGGAGUUUCUCUGACUUCUUAAAUACAGAAAAGAAGAACAAAUUGUCAGCUGCAUUGAUCGGAAUGAAAGAAGUAAAGAUAUUAAUCCCCAAACUGGACAUCGAAAAGUUUCAGUUUUCAGGCAAGAGGUUAUCAUCUGAGUGUAAGUCUGUCAAGUCGUCUGUGAAAGAUCGGCCCAUCCAUGAAGACAACAACCAGUGUCCAACGUCCUCUACAGCCACAGACGUUCAAAACAAGCCCAACUAUGCAAAGGCGUCAAAGAUGAACUGCUCCCACUGCAAGAAGUGCAUGAUGAAAGGCCAAACAGCAUACCAGAAGAAGGGUUUCACAGAGGUCUUCUGCUCCAAAAACUGCCUUUUCGAAAUAUUCCCUGUGAACAAACCAGUCAGCAAGACGUGUCAUUACUGCCUCAAGGGGAUAUCGCGGCCUCUAGACCUCAUCAUGGCGGUAGUGGACAUUAAAGGAACUAUGAAAGACUUCUGCAGUACAACCUGCCUCCUCUGUUUUAAAUCAAACACUGGGUCCACCCAAACACCACAGCGGCUCUGUAGCAUGUGCCACAAAUCCUGCACUAUUCCACAAACUACAUGUGAGAUGACUCUGAAUGAGGCUGUCCACACAUUCUGCAGCGACUUCUGCUUGGAGGAUUUCCGCAAGGACAACAUGGCCGUCUGUGAAAACUGCAGCUCCAACUGCAGCAACAAACCGCUGAAGCUGGAGCUGAAGGCGGGGACCAAAACCAUCUGCAGUCAAGAAUGUCUGGACGAGUUCAAAGAGAAAAUUGAGACGCUCCACCAAUGUACCAUGUGUCACACUUCUCAGACAAUUACAGAGAUGGUAGCUUACAAAAACGAGGACAACGUGGUGAAGCUCUUCUGCAACAGCAACUGUAUGACGUCAUACAAGCUACAGCCCGCAAUUGUAUACAAGCUUCAAGAAAAGGAAAGCACAGGUCAGUUGAAGAGGAAAAAAGGCAAACAAUCAAAACAACAAUUGAAUCCUACGGAAGUAAAGAUCAGCAAAGACUCCACUCUGAACGAAAAUGAUGCCCCUGCAGCUGCUGAGUUGGACAGCACAUCAAGAUUCAUCAUUGAAGCCUCCUGCGUUGCCUGUUGCAACUGUGGGGAGAAACUGUCCAGAGGAGAGAAGCAUUACCAGCCGAAGAAUUCACUGGAGGUUUUUUGUUCAGCCAAAUGCCUCUCUGAACGACAUCCGCACAGCAAAUUAGCCACCAAAAAUUGCUACAACUGCUUCCAGGAGAUAAUGCGGCCUCACGACAUUAUCCUGGCUCCGGUAGAUGAUUCCGGGACUAUGAAGGAAUUGUGCAGCGAAGCCUGCCUCGCUUCUGUUAACGCCAAGAGAAAAACAUCUUCCCCCAAAACUGCAUCCGCAUCAACUUCAACAGGACUUCGGUCCGAGUGCAAGAUGUGCGCCAAAUAUUGCUACUGCAAAUUCAGGAUGACCCUGGAUGGCUUGAUGCAAAGAAUUUGCAGCAAAUGUUUCAUCAACAACCACAGAAUCAACAACUUACCGGGGCCUAUGUGUGACGUCUGCGGCUCUCACAACCUCGAAAAACGGAUCCUGCUGACGGACGACGAAGGCAGUAAAAUUAUCUGCAGUGAAGAAUGUCUGAUCGAGUUCAAAGAGAAAGUUCAGGCACCUCAGCUGUGCCCCAUGUGCCAGACGUACCAUCGCUUAUCAGACAUGGUUGAAGAAACAAAUGAUAAGGGCACGUUGGACUUCUACUGUAGCAACAGAUGUAUGAUGGUACACAAGGCUCAGUCUUCCACUGUGGCAGAAAGGAUUAGCCUAUCACCUCAAGAGAAUGACAUUAAGGAUGUGAAGCCGUCAAUAUCACCUGACGAGAAUGACAUUAAGGAAGUGAAGCCGUCAAUAUCACCUGAAGAAAAUGACAAUAAGGAAGUGAAGCCGUCCAUACCAAAUCUGGGCUGUAUAAAAGAAGAGCCCAUGGAUGAGGAGUACAACCAGAAUCUCCCAUCAUCCAUCUCCACUGAAAAUAUCAAGGAUGAGCCUAAAGCAGGAGAUGAUGUGGCCAAGGAGCACUUGAAGAUCGGUUCGGUCUUCUCCUUGACGGGAGACUUGUCUACACCCACGUCUACGGCACCCACUCCCACCUGCACGGAUUUGCCUGCGUCUUGCUCUAACUGCAAACAGGUCCUAAAGGACGGGGAGACUGUUUACCAGAGGAAGGGCCACGCUGACAUCUUCUGCUCCUCUCCCUGCCUUUUGAAAUUUUACCAAAUGAAACAAGUUAAGAAGACCUGUCACUUCUGCCUUCAAGGGAUAACACCGCAACAGAACGUCAUCCAGGCCCUGGUGGAAAAUGAGGGGACAAGGAAGGAUUUCUGCAGCCAGUCAUGCCUGUCCUCCUUCAGCUAUAAGACUAUCGUGUCCACCAAAAUACCCCUUGUGCCAGUUGCGUCACAAUCACAAUGCAGCAUGUGCAGCAGGUUUUGCAUUAGCAAACAUGAGAUAAUACAGAAGGACGUUGUCCACAAGAUCUGCAGCAAUCCUUGUUUUCUCCGCUUCUGCAACAUGAACAACUUGUCCAUCUGUGAGAACUGCCGUUCCCCCUGCAAAACACCUGUCACGCUCAAGAUAGAGGACGGCAGCAAAAAACUCUGCGAUGCAGAGUGUCUGGCCCAAUUCAAACAGAAAAUCAAAACUCUGCUUCCGUGUGUCAUGUGCCGCACCGCCCAUUUAAUGACAGAUAUGUUUGAAAACAAAAACAGUGAGGAUGUGGUGGAGCUCUUCUGCACCAGCAGUUGUGUGAUGGCGUCCAAGAUCCAGGCUGUCAGUGCAUCAGGUACUCCACUGGAUUGUGACCACUGUGGGAAGACUACAUUGCCAGCCUGCCACCUCGCCAUGUCAGAUGCCUCCAUCAGAAACUUCUGCACUUUAACCUGUGCCAUGUCUUUUAAGGAGUCCCAGAAAGACAUGGCUGUUAACUCAACGGGAGCUGCUGAUCAAACCCAAUGUGACUUCCUCAAACCACCAGAGAAACUGCCAUGUGCCCAAUGUGGGCGCAUUUUAAAAGCUUCACCUAAAGUCAUCCAGAAAAAGGGAAAAAUUUAUUUUGUGUGUGGCCAGACCUGUUCUCAAGAAUUUAACAGGGUCAACAACAUCACAGGCAAAUGUGAAUAUUGUAACAAUGAAAGGAUCAUCAGACAUGUCCGGAAAUUUGAUGGCAAAGACUGCGACUUCUGCAGUGAUGGCUGCAAGAUGCUAUUUCAACUUGAGCUGGAAAAGAAGUGGGGCAAACACUGCGGCUGGUGUGCUUACUGCGUCUCCUUUUCUAAGGCAGUGGUGACAGCAAAGUAUGAAGGCGCUCACAAGGACUUCUGCUCUGAAGACUGCAGCUCAAACUACAAAAGGCUUCUCUUCCAUGCUGCCAAGUGUGACACCUGCGGCCGCAUCAGUAAACUGGGGCAGAGUCUUCCCAUGCUGGGAGAGGUUAAACGCUUCUGUGACCUGAGAUGUCUCUUACAUUUCUGCAAUAAAAAGGUCCAGCUGGUCAACACAGUUUCUACACCGCCCAGAUCUUCAGGCACAGUGGAGUCCUUCCCCGUCAUCGCUAACGUUAUCUCACUUGCUAGCACUUUGGCGAAACAGUCCAGUACCUCUGCCAGCUCUGCACAGCAUGGUCAACACACACAGACAUUAUUCCCUGUCUCUGACAUUCAAACAAAGGUUGUUGGACACGCCAGUGUCCAAACAGUCCCCAAGGAGCUGAAGAACAAGUCCAUGCUCUGCACACCGUUGGUCCACAACAAGGGAGUCUCCUGUACCACACAGACUGUCGACUCAGAGGCACAGACAGAGAACUUUGUACCAAAAGUCAUAGUCCUGCCUGUCCCAGUGCCGGUGUACAUUCCUCUGCCUAUGAACAUGUACAGUCAGUACACACCAGUGCCUUUGGGCCUGCCUUUACCGCUUCCUGUGCCCGUGUUUCUUCCUGACCCAACUGUAAAAUCCAUGAAAGAGAUGAUCCACCCCGACCCGCUGGAAGGAGAGCUCAACUUCAAGUUUGAGCGGAAGAAAGUGCAAGAUGAGAAGAAACAGAGAGAGCACAUAGUGAAGACAAAAGAGGGACGAAGACAAAAAGUUCAUGCUCCAAAGGAGCACAGCAGCAACGAUAGGGAUGAUUUGGAUUCAGAUCAUCAGGCCACUUUCAACAACCAGAAAGACUUGUCCUCUGACAGCAGCUUUGAGUCGCUCAGUCAACCAAACACCCAGAAAAAAACACCUCGAUUUUUAGAGGCGGGCAUGCACAGUGAGUCUCAACCUGAGCUCCCACCUCCUGCUCUGGAGAUGAGGGGGGAUCCCCAGGGCUCACCGAGCGCUGAGACGCCCCCGAUGCUAUUACAACAAACUGGGGGGAAAGUCCACAACAAGAACAAGGGUCGUAAACUGCACCAGUCGCCCAGAGCAGCUAAAGAGGAGGUCAUAUCUAGGAAGUACCAAAACAUGACGAGUCAAUGUGGAAUCGCCGCCUGGAAGAGAUGGAUACAGUGGAGGAAAUCACAAACCAACCUGGACCUUGUUUCUAAUCACGUUGGGACCUUAAACGAGGAAGUUCUUUGCUGCUCUGCGUCCGAGCUGAGCGACAGCCUCUGUUGUUUCAUUGCUGAGGUGAAGCGACCUGAUGGAGAGCCGUAUUCCCCUGACCGUGUGUUCUUCCUCUGUCUCAGCAUACAACAGUACCUGUUCGAGAAUGGGCGUAUGGAGAACAUAUUCAGCGAUCUCAUCUACGACAAGUUCUCCACAAAGUUUAACAAGAUCCUGAAAGGUUUCAAACCUUCAAUAUCAGCCAGUGGUUAUAUCCAUUCCCGUGUAGAGGAGGAGUUUCUCUGGGACUGUAAACAGUUGGGGGCGUACUCCCCCAUCGUCCUCCUCAACACUCUCCUUUUCUUCUGCUGCAAGUACUUUGGCUUUACCACGGUGGAGCAGCACCGCCAGCUGUCCUUUGCUCACGUCAUGCGUUGCACCAAAACCAACCAGAACAACACCAAGACCACCUUCCUGCGCUUCUACCCGCCAACAUCCAUAAAGAAGGCAAAGCCAGAUGCAGACGGCAUACCAGCUAAGAAGCGCAAGAAAAAUGAGAGUAGAGAGGAAAUCCAGGAGUUGAUGGAGAACACUGAGAACCCUCUCCGCUGUCCAGUCAGACUCUACGAGUUCUACCUCUCCAAGUGCUCAGAGUCGCUGACGCAGCGCACCGACUUGUUCUACCUUUCUCCAGAUGGCCAUUGUGUUCCCACCAGCCCUCUGUGGUUCUCCUCCACCCCUUUGGAUGACCGCACCAUGGAGGCCAUGCUUGUACGAAUCCUCGCCGUCCGAGAGCUUUGUGGGGAAGAGAGGAGAGGUGUGGACCAGCAGAUGUCAGAUGACACAUGGUUCAUACCUGACGAGGAGGAUUUGGAAUGAUGAAGGGCACUUGGAGCACUUAUUCCCUUUUGGUUUUAAGUUUUUGGAGAUCUGUGUUUAAAUUUGGGCAUUUGCGAUUGUACAAAAACAAAUACAUUCCAUCAGACAGAAACUUUACAACCAGCUUGGCUGCAAGCUCCCUUCAUUUCAACAGUUACAAGGACGUUUUACUGGGAGAAUUCAGCAAAGAGAGCAACAACAUAUACAAUCUUAGCCUCAGCACGUCUGCCAACUCUUUCCUGUAUCAUUACUUGCUCUACAACAUUAUCACCAACCUUCAAAUUCUGAGCCAGCCGCUAAUGUCUUUUAACUAUAAAAGAGAAAAGAAGAAAAAGUUUAUGUUAACUGCUGAUUUAUACUGUUCGCCAACUCCUUCUGUUUGUGUCUCUGGAGUCAGUUGAAUGUUGCUGUCAGCUGUGACUCGGGAUUUAGUUCUUUUUUUAUUUUUAAUAAAUACAUAUUUUGAAAAGUAA